AUGCCAAGGAUCUCUUGGGAGUUCCUCCUCCUCAAGACCACCGUGGUAACCACCCGCGCGGUUCCAGCUCCGGGGUUCUGUCAAAAACGUCGUUUGCCUCUCUUAUUGCAUGCUACGCAAUUAAUCGAUCCGGUCGCCGAAUUUGCAGCUGAUUGUGCGGUUCUCAUCCCAGCAAUGCCUGUGAACAUUGCCCAAGCGAGAGCCAAGACCUCUAUUUUCCAACAGCGGCACGCGCAUGGAUCUGCACUCGCCUCUCACCUCUUUCCUCCAUCCCCGAUACAUAAGCUUGACAAAAUCCUCUUCCCCCAUGAGCACCCACGACAGAGCAACAUCGUAGCACUGCGUCACACGCUGGAUGAUGAUGCGCUUUCCGACAGCCUGAAUCUCACCAAAUCGUCUUCCACAUCACCACUACUGACUGUGCGCAAUCCCGCUGAUGGCAUGGCUCUGUGGACUGCAGGGAGGGAAGGACAAGAACAGGCAGAGACCGAUGUCGAGACUGUCCACACUCAUUGGAACACCGUCAUCAUUGGGCGAGACGCUGCAAUUCCGUGGAAACCAGCACACACCUCGGACGCGCUUCUCCCCUUCAAUCAGCAUCGAGAGCGAAGGGCCAGACCACCGCAGACAGGAGGGACCGGAUUGGAGCUCGUCAGCUGGAGCGUCGCCGUGCUCGAUGCUCAAGCUCGCAGCUGUUUCGAGAUCGAACAUGAACUGGUCAAAGCGAUCAAAACCAUCGUCCCUCCGACUACGUCGGUUGAUGUGAGUCUCGAAGCGGAAAAAAAAGGCCCAAAAGAAACCCAUCCACGCCACAAGAAACUGACUCUCUCGCUCUCGCCAAAGCAGUGCACAGUAACAGUGACGCACACCCUAACCUCGUCUCGCGUAAAAAUCGUCGACAUGCUCCUCCCCUGGUCUUAUUCCCUCGUAAUCAAAGACCACGUGCGAACCGAAUGGCCCGUUUACGCCGAAGACCACGAACCGUUGAUGCCCGAAGAAUUCCUCACCACGACCAUGCCGGGCCCCACAUCGUCAAUGCGAGGCACCACAUACGACGACGAAUGGCUCGCCGUCCUCACGGAAUCCAGCGACAUCAACGACAUGGAAGAACUGGCGUCCAACAUCAAAUCCUUCCUCGAAGCCAUAUACGCAGAUGUGCAACCGACGGGCAGAACGUCUCAGGGAAAACAUCUGCCGGUAUCGACGACGCUCACGACGGAUGGGUUACUGCUGGGUGCGCCGAGCACGGUGCGGGAAUUGAAACAUAUUUUGAGGAUUUAUUUGCGGCCUGCGACGGAUCGGGUGCGGGAAGAAAUUGAGAAGAGGAAUCGUAGGGCGGGGACGUGGAGUGAGAAGGGCGCGGCUCUGGCGAGUGUGGGGAGACCGAGUGUUGAGAGGUGGAGGACUAUGUAUGGCGAUGGCAAGGUCAAAGGCAAUGGGUGCGUGUUGGUCGGGUUGGCUGGGUUUGUAACCAAUGAUACCCUCUCCUUUGUCCUGAUUCGGCUAGGUAUUUAUCAGUUAGGUGCCAAUGUACAUUCCAUCCAUCUCACAAGCUCAUACACAGACAUCUCACGAAAGAAAUUCCGGGACCCCCAUCAACAAACAUAUGCUGCUCGUCGUCCAUUACGAGAAACGCCAAAUCCACUUCGCUCAAGAACGCAUCAUUAUCAAACAUUACGACUCAACCACCACGACAGCAGGCGGAGCUCCAAGACGAUUGAGACUGUCCAUCGCAGCAGCAGUCUCCAUCUGAUCUUUGGCCUGCUCGGCUUCUUUCUCCUCGGCCAGCUCUUCAACUUUUUCCUGCUCUUCUGUCUUCUCUGCAGAGGUAAGCAGUCAGAGGCAGCAUGGGUGAAGCACGUAAGUAAGAAACCCUGACGCAUCCUCGUUCUUACAUACCUUCUCCCUCAGAUGCGGAUUACAGGUCGCAGUGGCAUUAGAGGAAGAGUGCUGGUGCAGGAUUUCUUACUUACUGCCAAGAAGUCCACCAACGAUGGGUAGAGAGGAAAGUUUGUUUCCACCUCCCUUCUUCUUCUUCUUGCUCUUGUCCUCGUCAAUCAGACCGAAAGAUGCGAGAAGCUUGUUGAUACCCAGACCGCCGAGAAGUCCGUUGACGAGACCUCCCAGACCAAGACCAUUGAGGAGUUGACCGACGAGACCCAGGACACCUGCGAGGAGAAGUCCGACAGCAGCCAGAAUUUGGAAUAGAGGUUGGGUCAUCAGACUCCAGAGUGGAUUGAGCUUCUUCUUGGCGUGAGGCAUGUUGUUCAACUUCUUCUUCGCAUCGUCGAUGGUUGUCACGACAGUAGUUGUCAAUUCCUUGAGAGUCUCUGCAAGUCGGAAUUCCUCAGGAGUAGCCUCACCGGUUCCCGCACGACCUUUGGCUUGAGCUGCGAUCUUGCCGUCAGGAUCCAGACCACGCAGGGACCCAUUGCAUUCUUGCAGUAUGCGGCCACCUUCUUCAAUGAGAGGCUUUACGUUAUUGACCAGUUCCUCCUCAUCAAGUUCGUCCUUGGGAGUGUUGUCGGCUUUCUCCAUGUGCUCUUUGAUUUGCUUGCAGAUGGGCUGCAUGCGCUCGAGAGUUUGCUGGGUGAUGCCGCACAUCUUCUCAGCAAUCUGUCGCUCCUCUUCACGUUUGCGAGCUUCCUCGAGUUCGUCUUCGGUUGGGCCCUCAUACUCAUCUUCGGCGAUGUUCUCAAUCAGUGUGACUUCACCAAUCUUGUUGCCUUCUACGUCGACGACGUUUCCAGCAUCAUCAAUCUCUUGUCCGACGCAAUGACCGAGAUCACCCAUGGUAAGCUUGCCCAUCAGAUCUCCAUUCUCGUCACGGACCUCGCCGUCCUUG